AUGGCAGCUCAACUGAAGGAGAUCGUAGAUCGGCUCAAUGCUGAGCCGUUCAACUUGGACCUUUCCCUCUUGGUCUUCGAUGAGAAGGAUCCAUUAGAGCUGAUGGAGAUCCUCAAAAAGGUCCUGACUUUCUUGGACCCAAAGCAUGAUGUCGAGCUGAGAGAGGAGAAGCCAGAUGCCAUGUACCAACGCAUCUCAGAGUUUCUGCACAUCCUGGGGUAUCAGUGUUCCUUUGACAUCGAGUUCCAGAAUGGUCUAAUGUCAGGUGACAAGAACACCAUCCAUCCCAUUUUGUACUGGUUGCUGAGCAAUCUGGAAGCUCUAAGAAAACGUGCGUACCUGGCCAAAUUCUGCAUGAACUUGGAGGUGCCAGAGGAGUUUCUGCGUGAAGAGCAGGUCGCCUCGGUGUACCAGAACUACAAGGAGCUGCAGGCGCAGUUCAAGGCGCACCAUUCUCACGUGGAGCAGGAGCGCCACGGUCGGAUGAAUCCCGCGGACUUGCAACGGGAGGUGCAACAGCUGGACGCCGAACGAGAGCAGCUGGCGCAGAAGAUUCAGCUCCUGAAGGCAAAGACCGAGCGAGAUGAAGGUUUCGCUCAACUUCUUCAGGUGACGUCAAUGUUGAGGAAAGAGCAGGAGGAGGAAGCACGUUUGGCUGAGAAGUUGCAAGAGCAGAAGUACCAGUUAGAGCAGACGGAGCAGCUGUACAUUGAACGUGCUGCGCGCCUGCGAGAGAUGCGGGAGGCGCAGAUGCAGGAGGGUGAAGGAAGUGCUGAAGCCAUGUUCAAGGUCCUCAGCACUGAGGUCAUCAAAAGCAGAGAAGCGCUGCAACGUGUCCGAAAGGAAGGAGAAGAGAAGAUGGAGCAGCUCAGAGACAUGGACAGCGCUUUGAGCGAACCUCCGGUGAGGCAAGUUGACAUUGACAACCUCGAGAACGAGAUCCAAGCGAUGCAGAAUGAGAUCCAUGCGCACACCGAAAAGAUCAAUGAGCAGAAUCAGGAUUCUCGCUUGGCAGUCUACAAGCAGCAGGCGAACCUGGUGGCCAAGAAAAAGGAGGCGGUGUUGAAGGAUAAGAAAACACUGGAAGAUGAACGAGAUAGUCUGAGCAAAGACCUUUCUAUCAAGGAGCGCGAGUAUGAAGAAAUGAAAGGCCACAAAUACAUGAAGCGAGAUGACUUCAAGAACUAUGCGGCCGCGCUUCGCGACAAGUCCGCCAAGUUCAAGCGCUUGAAGGCGGAGUUGAGCGAGAUGAGACAAGAACUGGCCGAACUGGAAAAAACCGAGCAGAGUUUGAAAGAGAAAGAUCCCACUCCCGCAGGGCUUGUUGAAACCGAACAGAUGCUGGAGAGGGCCUCGGUCGAGAAGUCGCAGGUAGACAGAGCCAAGGGAAAGACCUUGGACGAAAUUUCCGCCAUUGUCCAAAAGAUCAACCAGCAGCUGAAGGAGAAGAAGAACAAAUUAGCUCCGCAGAUCAAGGCGCUCCGCUCGAUUCGGCAAAACUUCCAGCAAGUUGAGGUAAAAUACCUGGAGAAGAAGGGCCACUACGACCAGGCAAAGACCACCGUGGAUGCCGAUAUGUCAAAGGUUGCCACAGAUGUGAGGCAGCUGCAGGAUGAGGUCCAAGAAGCCGAACAGGCCUACAAUGAGCUCAACAUGCAGCUCACAGAUGCUGAAAGUAAGCUCCAAAGAGCGCAUUGGGAGACGCGGUGCCUUCGCAGGGAAGAGGGUGCUCGCUAUUCUGAGGAGUUCCAGACCUUGUCGGACCAUUAUGCAGCAGAAAUCAGCAAGCUGGACGAACACUGCAAGGACCUGCGGAGUUUCCAUUGUUUUGUGAUUAUCAUCCCGUGGUAA